AUGCCCGUACAUCACUUGCAGUGGAGAGGCUCAUGCACUCACACUUUAUUACAAAAUAAUCCCUGGUGGAGAGUGGAUCUCAAACGUAUCUACAGUAUUAACAAAGUUAUCAUCACUAAUCGUGGAGACUGUUGUGAAGAGAGGAUAGCAGGUGCUCAGAUCCACAUUGGCAACAGUCUGGAUAACAAUGGGAACAACAAUGAGCUCGCUGCAAAAAAUGUGUCCAUUCCACUUGGAGGCACACAAACAUUUACAUUUGACCCUAUUCAAGGGCAAUUUGUCAACAUCUUUCUACCAGGAAACCGAAAAGUCCUCACUCUGUGUGAGGUUGAAGUCUAUUCAGGCAACAUUGCUUUUGGAGCCAAUGCUGUCCAGUCAUCCACUUACAAUGAAUUAGCAGAUGCUAAACAUGCUGUAGAUGGUAAAAGAAAAUCACAUUACAUGAGGGGCUCAUGCACUCACACCGCAAUAGAAAAUAAUCCCUGGUGGAGAGUGGACCUGAAAGGUAUAUACAGUAUUAACAAAGUUAUCAUCACUAAUCGUGGAGACUGUUGUGGAGAGAAGAUAAUAGGUGCUCAGAUCCGCAUUGGGAACAGUCUGGAUAACAAUGGCAACAACAAUGAGCUGGCUGCAACUAUUUUCACUGCUCCUCUGCUCACAGAAACAUUUGAGUUUAAGUCUAUUCAGGGACGAUAUGUCAACAUCUUUCUACCUGGAACAAAAAAAAUCCUCACUCUGUGUGAGGUUGAGGUGUAUACAGAUAACAUUGCUUUAGGAGCCAAUGCUGUCCAGUCCUCCACUUACAAUGAAUUAGCAGAUGCUGAUCUUGCUGUAGAUGGUAACAUAGAAACAAAUUACCAUAAGGGCUCCUGGGGUGUAUUCCAGAAAGCUGGUUAUGUGGCUUACCCGGGUAAGUUUAGGAGUAAGUAA